AGGUCGGACUGUAAAAUAAAUUUUUUAUAAGGAAAAGAAUGGUGCUUCUUGAUGAAACGGUGAGUGUUGGAGUUCAUCAACCGUGUCUGAGCAUCUGUAGCUCCCGCGCAUUUUGUUCAUGAUGCAGAAGCCUCCAAUUGAGUUAGCGACUCGGAUAGGCCGAGCUAUAAUCUCCGCUUCGAACCACACCAUCCCAACAAGGACAUGGACUCCGUCUCUCGAGCAUGCGCUUCACCGAAUCGGUUGCCGCGGCUCAUUGAGUCCGCCGCUGGUUGCUGGAGUCAUCGACUCUUUCCUCUCUCCUCAUCACUCUCUCGCUCUUGGCUUCUUCAACUGGGCAUCUCAGCAACCGGGAUUCUGGCACAAUUCUCUCUCUUAUCAAUCAAUCCUCAAAUCUCUCUCCUUUUCCCGCCAAUUUAGUGCCAUUGACACUCUCUUGAAGCAAGCCAAAGCCCAGAGGAUCUCUCUGGAUUCCUCAGUUUAUUGCUUUGUGAUUGAUUCGUUCAUCAGAGGUAAGAAGGCUCAGAGCGCUUUCUGGGUUUUUAAUGAAGUUAGCUCAUUGAGUGGAGAGAUUGGGGGUAAUGUUUGUAACUCGCUUUUGGCUGCUUUAGCUUCUGAUGGGUACCUUGAUAAUGCCCGGAAGCUGUUUGACACAAUGAUUGAACGAGGAGUCCCUUUGAAUACUAUUGGGUUUGGUGUCUUUAUAUGGAGGCUUUCUAAAAAUAUUGAAUCCAGUAAAGUCUUGGGUGUGCUUGAUGAGCUUAAAAAGGGUGUUUCUGAAAUCAAUGGGUCAAUUAUAGCGGUUUUGAUCAUUCAUGGGAUUUGUUUUGCAUCUAGAGAAUCAGAGGCAUUGUGGGUGUUGGAUGAGCUGAGAAGUAGAGGCUGCAAACCUGAUUUUAUAGCCUACAGGAUUGUAGCGGAAGCUUUUCGAUCAAGCAGGGAUGUUUUUGAGAGGGAGGUGGUUUUGAAGAAGAAGAGAAAGUUAGGAGUGGCUCCACGGACUAAUGAUUAUACAGAGUUUAUCUUGGGUUUGAUUUCUGAGAGACUGAUAUUGGAAGCCAAAGAUUUGGGUGAAGUUAUUGUGAGUGGAAAUUUCCCUAUUGAGGACAGUGUCCUGAAUUCAUUAAUAGGGUCUGUUUCGGCUGUUGAUCCUGGCUUGACCAUUAUGUUUCUUAGGUUUAUGAUUGAAAAAGAGAGGCUGCCAACUCUAUUAACUUUGAGUAACUUGAGCAGGAAUUUGUGCAAUCAUGAGAAGAUGGACGAGUUGUUAGAGGUCUAUCAGGUUUUGUCCUCUAAAGACUAUUUCUCAAAUAUGGAGAGUUAUAAUGUGAUGGUGUCAUUCUUGUGCAAGGGUGGGAGAGUGAAGGAAGCUUAUGCAGUUCUUCAGGAGAUGAAGAAAAAAGGGCUAGUCCCAAAUGUCAUAUUCUACAAUUCUCUCAUGGAAGCAUGUUGCAAAGAAGAUCUUGUGCGUCCAGCCAAAAGAUUGUGGGAUGAGAUGUUUGCUAGUGGGUGUUCCGGAAAUUUGAAGACCUACAAUCUCCUUAUUAGGAAGCUCUCCCAGACAGGUGAAGUUGAAGAGGCUCUCCAUUUGUUUCACCAUAUGGUAGAGAAAGGUAUGGUACCAGAUGCUACAACCUACACAUCUCUACUUGAAGGGCUAUGUGAAGAAACAAAGUUUGAACUUGCAUUUGAAAUCUUCAACAAGUCUGCUGAACAGGAUUUCAUGCUAGCACAAAGCAUAUUGAGCACAUUUGUGCUAAAUAUCUGCAAAAAGGGUCAUUUUCAUGUUGCAUCUAAGUUGCUUCAUGGACUUAAUACUGAUAUAGGAAGUUCAGAUUCACAUGUAGUACUGCUAAAAUCUUUAGCUGAUGCCAAGGAGGUUCAGUUAGCCAUUGAACACAUGAAGAAGGUUCAAGAAACUUCUCCUUCUAAGUUGCAAGCUAUAUCUGCCAAACUUGCUGUAUCACUUUCUUCCACUUCAAGAUCAGAACCAAUUCUAUUAUUGCUUCAGGCAAUAGGAGAAAAAUGUCUGGAUGGUAAGAAUGAUGUUUGGAAGGAAAUGCAUGGAUCCAGUGCUGGAUAUUUUGCAGCAUAAUUCUGAUUGAUUACAAGUAGCUCCAUGGUCCAUCUAAUGCAUAAAGGUUGGUUUCUUUUUUCAUACAAGAGUGAUAAAUACAUGUUUUCUAC